AUGGCCUCGCACCACCACAUCUGCAACCCCGCCACUUCCACCUCUUUAUGCAAUUGUUGCUACACUACCUACUCCACUUGUCACCAUCACCCUCUUCCACCACCGCCAGCGGUGGAGCUCCACCUCCACUCUACACCUUCUCACUUUAACCACCCACCAACCCACAUAAAUCCACCUUACACCACACCACCCCACAACCCAAAUCCACCUCAAUACUACCCCCAUCGCCAUUUCCAAGAAGCCCCACAAACAGAAUCGGAAACACACCACACCGCAUCUGUGUACUCCCUCCUCCGCCGCAUCGCCGCCCUCGAAUCCGCUCUCCACCAGCGAUCUCCGUCUUCUUUUCAGUCCCUUCGCGAGGCUGCUGCGUCUAUUAUCCAGUCCCACUUCAGAGUCUUCCUUGCACGCAGAUCAAGGACCCUUCGGCAGCUCAAAGAUCUUGCUUCCAUCAAAUCAACCCUCAGCUUUCUGAAAUCCUCAGUUUCAAAAAAUAGCCAUUUUGAUUACGAAGCUUUAUCUCAUAAAACCAUGACCCUGCUUCUCAAACUCGACUCCAUUAAGGGCGCUGAUCCUAUGAUUAGAGAUGGGAAAAGAUCAGUUUGCAGGGAAUUGAUUAAUUUCUUAGAGUUUAUUGAUGGUUUUAAAAGAAGGGGUCUUUCAAGUAGAUUAGAAAAGAACGUGAGGAAUGGGGAGAAUAAUGCUAAAUCCAGGGUUUUGCAUGGUAAGAGAAUCUUUGGCAAUGUCAAUGUGGAGAAUUUGAAAGGUCUAGUAGAAAGGCUAUCCGAUUAUGACGACAGAGUCGAGUUGAUUGAACACUCUGGUGGCAGUUGCAUUUCCAACAUAAGAAAUCAAGGUGUUUUACAGAAUAGAGAUGGUGGUUUGAUGAGAAGGGAUGGUGGGGUUCCAUCAAAGGCUAGAAAGAGUGUGAGCUUUGCCGAUAAUGGGAAUGUUUAUAGGGUUUACAGAUCAAGCGGGAAGCCAUCUUCGAAUGGGGACUGUAACAUUAUUAGCAUUGAUGGGGGUGAUUCGAUUGAUAACAAGAGAGAGCUCGUUGAUAAUCUAUGCCGAGAAGUUGAAGAAAUUGGAGUAUCUUCGAAAGAGGCGGAGGAUGAUGAUGAGGAGGAGGAGGAGGACGAGAAAGAUCAAUUGGAAAAUGGAGGUUCCUCUCGUGGAAGUGAUGGCGAAAAAGAAUUAAUAAACCAUCGAGGAAGUGAAAGUAAACCCAUCGAAAUGGGAGGUUUUGUGUUCUCGGCUCCCUUGCCCGUGAAGAUGGAAACGAGAGGAGAUUUCUUGGAGAAAAGGAAAACCAUAGAAGUAGAUAAAUAG